AUGGAAGAAAUGAAACCAUGCGCCGCAAACUCGCCGCCGUUGACGCCGUUAGGAUUCUUGGAGAGAGCCGCCACCGUAUACGGUGACUGUACCUCCAUCGUUUACGGCAGAAACACUGUUUACACGUGGCGGGAGACAAACCUCCGUUGCCUCCGCGUGGCGUCUUCUCUGUCUUCCAUUGGAAUCGGAAGGUCAGACGUCGUCUCCGUCCUCUCUCCCAAUACUCCGGCGAUGUACGAGCUCCAGUUCGCCGUUCCAAUGUCCGGUGCAAUCCUCAACAACAUCAACACGCGCCUCGACGCGCGCACCGUCUCUGUUCUUCUCCGCCACUGCGGAUCCAAGCUUCUCUUUGUCGACGUCUUCUCUUCCGAUCUAGCCGUCGAGGCUAUCGCGAUGAUGACCGAUCCCCCGGUUCUCGUCUUCAUCGCUGAUAAAGAAGAGGAAGGAGGUGCUGACGUGGCCGACCGCGCGAAAUUCACUUACUCCUACGAUGAUUUAGUCGAGAGAGGCGAUCCGGGUUUUAACUGGAUCCGACCCGAAAGCGAGUGGGACCCGGUUGUGCUCAAUUACACUUCCGGUACGACUUCGGCUCCUAAAGGAGUGGUACACUGCCACAGGGGGAUUUUCGUAAUGUCAAUCGAUUCUCUAAUCGAUUGGACCGUACCGAAAAAUCCGGUUUACUUAUGGACCCUACCGAUAUUCCACGCCAACGGCUGGAGCUAUCCGUGGGGAAUCGCCGCCGUCGGUGGAACAAACGUCUGUUUGCGUAAGUUCGACGCGCCGCUUAUCUACCGUUUGAUCCGUGAUCACGGCGUUACACACAUGUGCGGAGCUCCGGUGGUGCUCAACAUGCUGUCGGCGACUCAGGAAUCUCAGCCUCUUACCCAUCCGGUAAACAUUUUAACCGCGGGUGCUCCGCCGCCAGCCGCCGUACUCCUCCGCGCCGAAUCGAUCGGAUUCAACAUCAGUCACGGAUACGGAUUGACGGAAACCGGCGGUUUAAACGUCUCGUGCGCGUGGAAGCCGCAGUGGAACCGGUUACCGGCUAGCGAUCGAGCGAGGUUGAAGGCGAGGCAAGGAGUGAGAACCCUCGGGUUUACCGAGAUCGACGUGGUGGAUCCUGGAUCGGGUCGAAGCGUUGAGAGGAACGGAGAAAGCGUAGGGGAAAUUGUGAUGAGAGGGAGCUCGAUCAUGCUCGGUUACUUGAAGGAUCCGAUCGGAACAGAGAAGGCUCUGAAGAAUGGAUGGUUUUUCACGGGAGAUGUUGGAGUGAUUCACUCCGAUGGAUAUUUGGAGAUUAAGGAUAGAUCGAAAGAUAUCAUCAUAACGGGAGGAGAGAACGUGAGCAGCGUGGAGGUUGAAGCGGUUCUGUACACGAAUCCGGCGGUGAGUGAAGUGGCGGUGGUGGCGAGACCCGACGAGUUUUGGGGAGAGACGCCGUGUGCGUUUGUGAGUCUGAAAGAUGGGUUGAGUAGGAAACCGACGGAGGAGGAGAUGAUAGAGUAUUGUCGGAAGAAGAUGCCAAGGUAUAUGGUGCCUAGAACGGUGACGUUUCGGGGUGAGUUGCCAAAGACUUCGACGGGGAAGGUUAUGAAGUUCGUGCUUAGGGAUAUUGCCAAGAAGAUGGGUUCCACGAGAUUGAGUCGGAUGUGA